AUGUCCUCAAAGAAAAGAAAAUCUGCGGUCCAAACCUUUGACCUCUCGUUUGUAUGCUCCCCCCGUCCUGUCGAGGCAGUCUCUGAAGAGCUGAGCCGCGAUCGCAAGCGGCGCAAGCAACGGACUACGCGCGCAGAGCCGCCGUCGCCACCCAAGACCACCGCGCCCCUUCCAGGCUCUCUUGACGACUCUCACACAACUGAGCUCUCAUCUCUCGAACCCGACGUUGUGGAUGUCACUCUCGCCGGCAUGCAUAUUGAGAAAGGGAAGGGUGGGGCGCGCCGCAAAAGUCGCAGGAAGAAAUACUACCCUUCGGAUGAGCCAUUACUUGAGUUCAAGUCUGUGGCGGCCGACGAGUAUGCGCGCGCCAUGCUAUUCCGUGAGGGAAGGGGCUAUGAAGCCGAGCGCUGUUGUCCAGGGUGCGCUGCCGGGCAAGAUGCUGCCGAGCCUCCGACAUAUCGAUGCGCUACCUGCUUUGGAGGCGGCUUAUACUGUCGCGCAUGCUGUCUUGCGAAGCAUCAGCAGAGCCCUUUCUGCCGUAUCGAGAAGUGGAACGGCGUUUGCUUUGAGCCGGUCUCUCUCAAGGAGAUGGGCGUUCGUGUACAAGUCGGGCACCCAGAAGGCGAGGCAUGCCUCUGCCCUCACCGCGGCAACGUCGACUUCACUGUUGUCCACGUCAACGGCAUUCACAGCGUCGCGAUCGAUUUUUGCGGCUGCCAACCCCCCGCCGACGCCGUCCAUCAUCGCGAGCAGCUGCUACGCCAUGGGCUAGUUCCAGCCACCGUCCGCGACCCUCAGACGUGCUGCACCUUCGACGUUCUGAAUCAUUUCCAACUGCUCACUUUCAAUGGCAAGAUCACCGCGUACGACUAUUACACGAGCCUGGAGCGAAUGACGGAUAACCCAGGGACGUAUGGAUUACCUGAUCGCUACAGGUCGUUCCUCCGCUGCGUGAGGAUUUGGAGGUAUCUCAAGGCGCUGAAGCGCUCCGGCCGCGCGAACGAUCAAGAGCGUCCGCCGUCUGACAUACGGCCGGGCGAGCUUGGCAUUGCGUGCCCCGCCUGCCCGCGGCCUGGCGUGAACUUGCCGGCAGGGUGGGAGAGUGCGCCGGCGGAGCAAAAGUACCUUUAUACGUUGUUCAUCGCUUUGGACGCCUGCUUCCGCCUCAAACGGCGCAAGAUCUCUACUCGCGAGCGCGACCCCUCCUUGGCGGACGGCGGGUCGUAUCUCGCAGAGAGCGGCCCCUUUGAGGAGUAUCUCAGUACCGCGAAGGAGCAGACGGACAUCAGUACUUGUACUGGGCUUUCUGCCGUAGACCACGCCAACACGAAGUUUUCCAAGGGCUAUGCGGAGACGGGGAAGAUGAUGGGACUUUGCGCCCGCCACGAGUUUGUACAGCGCAACGGCGUCGUCCCCACCCAAGUCGGCGAGAGAUAUGCGAACUCUGACUAUGCGCUAGGCUCGCUCCUGCGCCACCACUCCGCCGCCCUCCGCCUCGUGCUCUCCUACGAUAUCUGCUGUCAAUACUCGAAGAAGUUCAAGGAACGCAUGUCCCAGUUGCCGCCCCUCGUCCGCUUCAAGUUAGCUUUCGCCUACGUACGCUUCGUCAUCCCGAAGCUGCAUAUACACGGGCAUAAAUUAGCCUGCCAGCUGCUCUUCAACUUGAACUGGACUCUGGGCGUCGCGCGAACGGACGGAGAGGGCGUGGAGCGCCCUUGGAGCUUCCUGGGGAUCCUAUGCGCAAGCCUGCGCCAGAUGGGCCCAGGAAGCGCGGCCGACACACUCGACGACCACUUCGGCCACUGGAACUGGCUGAAACUCAUCGGCCUGGGCGUGUUGCUACGCCGGCGCCUCAUUGCCGCGCUUGCUGAACUGGCAGCGCAGGAGGCAGAGCUCGCCGAGUUCCGGAAAGGCCAGGGCGGACAUACGGCAGCUUGGGAGGCCGAGGUUGACAAGUUCGAGAGCGAGGUGGUGCACGACUCGAAGAGCGAGAACCCAUUCGAGCUUCCCAAAACAGGGUCCUCCGAGGCAGACGUUGCGCUGGAGCUAGCCAACGAGGAAGCUGCGAAGGCUCGCGAAGGCCUCGAGUUUUGCCACGAAAUGCCGCCUAGCUCAUUCCUGCUCGCGCUCUUGGAUGUCGAGCAUGAGCAGCGAAACUUACGGCUCGAGGUUGGCUCGGCGAAGUUCGAAAGUGCGGCGCAGCAGGCGGAACUCUCUCGCAAACGAACGAAGCUGGCAAGAUCACUCAACAAGCUGAACGAGAUGCAAGCCAAGUACACGCCGGACUCCCUGACGCGCCUCGCCGCCUGGAAAGCCGACCCUCGCAACGCAGACGAGCCCCCCGAGCGCACCCCACUAUUUCCCCCGUCUUCACUGACGCCCAGCGAACGCGCGCGGUGCGUGGACGACGUUACUACCGUCGAGUCUCGGCUACGCCACGCGCAGUGCCGCACUGCACUCGACGCGAUCCGCAACCUGCUCAUCGUCAAGUCGCGCCUCCUCACGUACAAGAACACAAACGUGCGGAAUCAAGGGCCCAAUACGCGCGCUCGCGCUACGUUGAGCAAGAACGACGAGAAGACGCGGCGACAGGCGUGCAAGUACGUCGCCGCCCGCGCCGCCCUGUUGAGCCUGGCGGAUGGAGACCCGUCAAAGGUGUCGUGGCAUUCGCUUGAUAUCAACAAGGAUGUCCGCUGCAUGGAGGAGGACGACAACAGCCGGAGGCGGGGGAAAAAGCGUACGCGCGAGGGUAACGAGGUCGGCGAAGGCGAGGGUGAGGGCGCGAGCGAGAGCGCAGGGGCUGGCGGUCAUCUCCAGCAAUGCCGGGACGCGACGGGGGAGGGGCGCCGGAAGAUUUCGUGGAUCUGGAAGGGCGUCGAUACGACGCAGUCGGAGGGCAAUGCGCUCUAUGCAGGAAUCAAGGUUGAAUAUUGUAAGGCGUACGCCCGCGUCAAGCGAUGGUCGGAAGAGGUCCCGCUCCUACAAGAGGAGAUGCGGCGCACUCUCCAGUCGCUAGAGUUCGAGGCCGCGCGGUGGGAGGGUUUAGCUACCGCGGACGAGCGCCCGGGUCCACUAGGCGAGGGCGCUCGCGCAUACGCCUACAGUCAGCGGGACAUGUACCGCCGCCUGCACGAACAUUUUGAGGCGCUGUGGGUGGAUUUGCGCGGGGUGACAAAGGUGAGCGAAGCGCAGGCACAGCGCUUGAUGGAUGCUGUACAGGCCGCGGAGGACGCGGAGGAGGAGCGGAUAGAGGGCGAGGAGGGCGAGCUAGAUGAUGAGCCCGAGAUUUUCGUGGAGGGGGCCGACGACGGCGAGGAUUAUGGUGAUAUUUAA